CAGUGAUGAUCUGCGCAGAUCAGGAAACCAGCAGCUGCGUCUUUCUGAUCAUUCAUCGAGUUUCUCCGUGAAGCUGCAGCUCCAGAGGAGGAUAGAAUCUAGAUGUAAUAUAUCAUAAGGAGGACAUAAUCUAGAUAUCGAUAAAUAUUAAUCUGUCAUCGGGAGGACUCUGGGUCUGAUGUCUGCGGACGGCGGAGCUCCGGCGGCCCGGGCGGUUCUCCAGCAGUGUCUGCGGGCUCAGCUGCAGGUCCAGCCGGCCGGGGACCAAUCAGAGGCGCAGUUCGUCCAGAUGGGCAGAGGGAUGGUGAUCUACAUCUGCUUCUUCAAAGGAGCCUCAGAAGAAGUCCUUCAGAAGAUGGUGUCCACGCUGCUGAAUGUCCGGCUGUGUGAGUCGUCCUCGGGGAAGCUGGUCUCGGUUCUGGAGCUUCCUGGCAGCGUUCUGAUCGUCCCUCAGGCCACGCUGGGCGGGAAGGCGAAGGGCCGAUCCAUGCAGUACCACAACAACAUCGGCAAGGAGGACGGGCUGCGACUCUACGCCGCCUUCGUGUCUUUAUGUGAGAAGGAAGUCGCUGCAGCUUCAGCCGGCAGCAGUGUGGAAGUAAAACACGGGACGUAUGGAAACAGACAGGUUCUGCAGCUGGACACCAACGGACCGUACACCCACCUGAUGGACUUCUGAAGUCCACAUCUGUCCGUCCCUACAAACUGCAGCAGAGACGUCAGAGAAACACCAUCACAUUUACAACGACUUCUUUAUAUGUGGAAGCUGAUUGUACGGUUUUUAAAUCUGAACCAUGAAGUUAAAAUCAGCUCAGAUUUAAGUCCUGGAACAUGUAAACCGAUUAAUCAGCUACUAUUUUCAUUAUCAGCUACUCUGAGUUAUUUUUCAAUAAAAACGUCCACAUUUUGUGACUA